AUGAGUCAUCAUUAUUCAAUGCAAUCACAAUUUCUAUCGUCAUCGUCAUCAUCAUCAUCAUCAUUAUUAUUAACAGACAGAUCAAAUAUUACUCAUUCUAAUACUGAUCUAAUUAUGGGAAAUACUGUUCCGUCCUCUUUUCUUGAAAUGAAUUUAACCCAAACAGCAAAUGGUUUAUUAAAUAAUAAUAAUAAUAAUAAUAAUAACAGUAAUAACGAUGUGGAUUUGAAUCGUCAAACUCGUGUAAAUUUAACAGAUGAUAAUUCACAAUGUAAAUCACCAUUAUGGAUACCACCUGUUACACCAUAUACAUUACUUGGUUUAUUAAAACCUCAUUUAACACAAUCUAGUUUAUUUGUUAAUAACAAUACAACACAUCAAAUACAACAACAAACAAGUAAUGGAACAAUUAUAAAUACAAAAUUAUGUGAAGAUUCAAUAGGACAUCAACCAUUUCAACAACAACAACAACAACAACAACAACAACAACAGUCUAGUUUAAAACAAUCACAACAGCAAAUCUCAUCAAUGUCUGCUUAUCUUUCGGAACUUUUGAAUCAAUCUCAAACAUCGAUAACAACAACAACGACAACGACUAGUGGGAAGAAUUCAGUACAUGCUUUAUAUGAGAAAAUUCUGAUCGGUGAAUUAGAUCAAUUGCAUAAAUCACUGGAACAACGAUGUCUUCUUUCCAACACAUUUGAUUCAAGUCAAUUAAUGACAAUUUCAUGCUCUGAAGACAAUGUUAACAGUGGUGUUAGUGGUCGUGAAAAUACAAACUCCACGAUAAUGACACCAGCAAUACCAGUAACAACAAACCCCUCAUCAUCAUUAUCAUCUACAACAAUAACUGGUUUGAAAAUUGGUAAUAAUCCAACAUUAGGUACCAAUUUACCAGCAUUAACAACUGAUCCUGCUAGAGCAUUACUUAUUGCUGGACAAGUAUGUGAUUGGCCAGGUUGUGGAGCUAUUCUUGGUCCAGAUACAUCGUUUAUUGAACACUUGAAUAAAACACAUCAAUUAUCAUUACAAGCCCUUGCUCAAGUUGAAGUAUGUGCAUCAAGGUUAGAAUUGUACUUGAGAACAGUUCGUAAAGAAUCACAACGUUUAAAUGCAAUGGUACGACAUCUAAUCAGUAGAGCGCGUUGUGGUGGUACAACUUUUGAAUGGUCAACUAAUUCAUCAUUAUCAUCAUCAUUAUGUAAUUCAGUUCCUGCAUCAUUUGGAAAUUGUUCAUUAAAUUGUUUUCCUGGAUGUAAUAGCAAUACUACUACUAAUAAUAAUAAUCAAACAAUUAAUCAAGUUGGUUCCUUUAAUUGGAAUACAAAUGAACAUUUAGAUUCUACCGUUAAUUCCCUGGCAAAUGGAACAUUAGAAUUGCCGGAUAAGACAGAAUUAGAAUCAAAUUCCGUAUACGAAUCCAAAGUACAAAAUAUUAAUUCAAUCUAUCGUACUGAUAAUCCAAUGCAUUGUAGUCCAGUUUAUAGUAAUACAACAACUACUUCAGAAUCAUGGUGUACAGAUCAAUUAAUUAUACCUGAUUGCACUGCAAUGUCUGUGCUGCGUGAUUUACCAUUACAUCAUAGACGUAGUGCAGUACAUUCAUUAACAUCACGUUGGUCUACAUCGAAUCAUCAUUCAACAUUAGAUACAACUUAUGAUUCAAAUACAUUGAUAAAUCAAAUUCCCAGUAAUAAUAAUGGUAGUAAUAAUACUACUAAUAAUAAUAUUAAUAAUUGUAAUUUGCCACCUGCUCUACCCUUAUUUCCAAAUAAUCCAAAUGAUUGUUCAUCAUCCAACAAUAAUAUAGUGGAUAAAUUAACUAUUCCCUCACCAUCUACACCACCGACUUCAUGUCAUCCAGCUUUAAUAGCUAGUGCAGCGGCAGCAUUAUUGUCAAGUGUUUCAAGUUUGCACAAUCAAAUCAUCACCAGUAUGUCAACUCAUCAUCCUGUUCUAACUGGUCAAUUUCAAACUGCAACUGAUCCUCAACUUCCUCAUCAAUCGACAUCAGCGAACGCAGCUGCCGCGGCUAUGGCGGUUGCAGCUGCGGCGGCAGCAGCUUCCGGUUUAUCUAACCCUGCGUCAGUGUCAUGGCUUCCAAGAUCAACUGCCGCUGCGAAUAAUAAUGGUAGCAGUAGUAUUGGUGUCGGUGGCGGCAAUACCACAAAUUUUGAUCCUAAAGAAUUUGAUACAACUGCUGCCGCGGCAGCAGCAGCAGCCGCCGCCGCUGCUGCAGCGGCUGUAGCUGCUUCUAAUCCCGCCUCAGCAAAUGGUGUAUUUUUCGACUCGAAUACCACAACUCCCAUUGUUCCUGCUCCUCUGCCUCCACCUUCCGCCGCUCCUACAGCUGUCGCUGUCACUACUACCACUUCUCAUACAAGCCUCACAUCAUCAUUGUUUGAUAAAGCUGUUAAACAACGUUGGUUCGAUGCAACUAGACAAGACGAAUUGAUGAUAACAACAACACCAACCCCACCACCGCUUCCAGCAAUAACUUUAACAUCAACGGCAGUAACAACGGUGACUUCGUUGCCCAUGGCUGCGAUCACCACUACUAUGUCAGUAGUAGGGAAGUCAUCUAAUAGUAAUAAUAAUAGUAGUAAUAGUAUUGGUGCUAGAACAAGAGAUAGAGAGCAUCAAAUGAAACCAUCUGUCAAUCAGGAAUCAUCUAUUAUAGAAUUGGAAAGACAAGGUAGAACUAUUGAAAAUUCCGAUAAGUCCACAAUUCACUGUAAUAUACCAGAAGCUAUGGAUUCUGAAAAUUCAUUAGUGAUGACAUGUGAAAAUCUUGCAUACACGUCAUCAUCGUCACAACAACAAACAUCGUUGUCAUCCGCAGUAAUCGUAGUACCGGCAGUAGUAUCAUCAUCAACAGGAACUUCAUCUUUGACAUCAGUGAUGACCACUGCAGCUAUCACAACAAUACCAACUACAACAACAUCACAGACAACAAAGACGACAGCCACGUCAAGUACAAAUGGUACCUCUUCAACUGCAAACAAUAAUAAUAAUACAUCAUUAGCUCAAAGACAAUACUAUCGAUCACAUUGUGCACGUCCCAGAUUCACUUAUGCUAAUUUAAUACGUCAAGCAAUAUUAGAAUCACCGGGACAACAAUUAUCAUUAAGUGCAAUUUACGUAUGGUUACAACGUGAAUUUGCUUAUUUUCGACAAAAUGAAGCUACAUGGAAAAAUGCUGUAAGGCAUAAUUUAUCAUUACAUAAAUGUUUCCGACGAUUGGAAACCACAUCUGGUUCAGUUUGGGUUGUUGAUGAAAGUGAAUAUCAAAGACGUAAGGCUAAACGAGCAGUACGUUGGUAUCCCAAUAGCACUGGAGGUAAACAUCAAGGUUCCACAAAAUCUACUCGUACUGAUAGUGUUGCCAUAGUUAAUGAAACUGUUUCACCAAAAGUCACAACAGCAUUAGUACCAGGAAUAGUCGAUGCCUCAAUUCCUAUGGAUACUCAAAUAACAACUCCAUUAUCAUCACCAACACAUCCAAUUAUCUCGCAUCAAUUAUUCACUACAGGGGGUGAAUCGAAUAAUCCGUCUAAUUCACCAAAAUCAAAUAUCUCUCCUGAAUUAAGUACAUCAUCAUCAACAUUUCAUACAGUUGGUGCCUCUAGUACAACUCCAUCUCAGUCAUCUCCUCUAUUAUCAGCUUUAUUAUUACCUGGUUUAAAUCAAGAAACUUUUCAGAGUCGUAAUUUAGCUUUGAAUCAAGCUAAUUUUAUGAAAAUAGAAGAAUCUGAAGGAGGAAUGAUCAUUCCACCUGCUGGCAAUUCAACAAUAAUGAUAUCAACUGACAAUAGUUCUACAAAUAAUAAUAAUAUUAAUAAUAAUAAUAAUAAUAAUAAUAAUAAUAAUAAUAAUAAUAAUAAUAAUGCAAUUACUUCAUAUUCAUCAUCAAUAACGUCAUCAUCCUCAUUGUAUACAAAUAUUAUGUCUUGUACAACAAGUCUACUUUCAAACGAUGUUUUCACAACCGACUACAACAAUACUUCUAUCAUCACUGAUUCUACUACUGAUGAUAAUGAUAAUAAUAAUAAUGAUAUGAUGAAUGCGAUUCUCAAAGAUUCACUUCCAACUGUUGCUAUCACUUCUUAUCCAACUGGCGUUGAUGUUGUUCGAGUUGAUGGUAGUAGUAGUGGUGGUACGGAAGAUGGGCAGCUUGACAAAAUGUCGGCUAUUAACAACAACAUCCACAGCAAUAAUAAUGUAGAUUCGUUGAAGUCAGAUAUUGAAAUGGUGAGUGCUUCUGAAUCAGAGAUCAUCUCUAGUGGUAGUAUAAUUAACUCGGAACAAAUCACUGAACAAAGUCGAAUAACAGAAUUACCAGAGAAAUCUUCCACGUCAACAUCAUUAUUACCAAUGUCGACACUGAAUUCAGAAGAUUCAAGUUAUACUACUACUAUUAAUAACAGUAAUAAUAAUGAUAAUGGAUCGGUGAAUGAUAAUAUAAUUAAAACAUCUGUAGAUACAAUUCCCAUUGAUAUUAAUAAUACAAACAAAACCGCAAUUGCACUAAUAAACAAUACUAAUGAAGUGAUUACAGUAAUGACAACGGUGGCUACCACUGCUACUAUUACUACUACUACCACUCUAAGCUGUGAUCCAGAUGAGGAUGAUGGUGAGGUGGGGAAUAAUGAUGAUUGUGGUGACGAGACUGUUACUACUACUACUCGUAGUAGUAGUAGUAGUAAUAAUAAUAAUAAAAACAAUACAAUAACGAAUUCAAGUUCACGAAAAUGGCCAUCUGUUCGGCUUGUACCUAAUUUAUUACGUCAUCCUACAAAAUAUACAACAAUCUAA